AUGGCAGAAGGAAAUUGGAUUAAUACUGACAAUAAAAACGAUGAUUUGGAUGUUAAUGCACCAAAUCCAGUUAAUAUUAAUCCUAAAUUCAUGGGUGAUUAUCCACAACCAAAACCAACAACAUCAAAAAUUCCUGAAAUGAUUCCAACUUUCGAAGCCACCACUGAACUACUUAUCAUCAAUCAUCCACCAAAACCUCCUGGAACUGAAUUAGGACCUUAUUUUCAAUUUAUUUCGACUGAUUGUAAAAAAAUGUUGUGGAUAGGUAGUGCAUUAAUCUUUCGACAUGUUUCGUUCGAUCAACCGAAAAUCGAAUUUAUUUGUGAUACAAAAGUCGAUUAUCAAUGGGAAAUUUUAUAUGAAAAUCUUUUCAAUUUACGUGCUUAUCGUGUCAAUAUUUUCAUUAAAUUACGUACUGGUGAAGGUGAUGAUAAAAUUAUUUGGAAAAUUGAUUGGGGUGAUAAAAAGACCGAUGGUUUGUUUUUUAUUGCUCGUUAUGAUCAAAAAUGGCGUGGAGGUUUCUUCUCGUGUAAUGGAUUUGGUGUUGCUAUUUCGAAACAAGUACUAUCAAACAUAACUUAUUCAAAUGUUUGGAAUCAUCUUCUUUCAAUUCAUGAAAAAACUCCAUUACAUAUAUUAUUGUGGGGUGGUGAUCAAAAUUAUAUUGAUUUUAUUUUUCAAGAUAUUCCAUAUCUUCGUGAUUGGGUUACUAUGGAAUGGAAUGAAAAAUGGACUUGUGAUUUUCGAAAUGAUUUAAAAGAACAAGUCGAACAAUAUUAUUUUUAUGCUUAUGCAGAAAAUUGGAAUUGUCGUCCCGAAAUGAAAAAAGCUCUAACAUCAAUUCCAAGUUUAAUGAUAUGGGAUGAUCAUGAUAUUUUCGAUGGAGCUGGAACUUAUCCACCCUUACUUCAUGAUAGUCCAAUGAUGAUGGGAUUAUUUCUAGUGGCACAAAAAAUGCGACUUCUUUUUCAACAUCAUACUACAUUAGAGAAAGCUCGAGAACAUCAAUUGUUUGGAUAUCAAGGAUAUAAUUUUUUUGCUCGUUGUGGUCGAAAUUUAGCCAUCAUUGGUGCUGAUGGACGAUCUGAACGAGAUAUACAAACUAUUCAACAUGAAAAGACUUGGAAUAUGAUUUUUGAUAAACUUGAAAAUGAACUUGAAGAUAUUGAACAUUUAAUUAUUUUAUUUCCUGUUCCAUUUUCGUUUAUUCGUAUUCGUAUUGUUGAAUCAAUUUUAGAACAUUUAAAAAAUCUUCCGAAUACAUGUCGACAACUUCCUCUUAUCAAACAAACUAAUUCAGUCUUUGGUUUACCUGAAGUUUACGAUGAUCUUCUCGAUGAAUGGACACAUGGUGCUCAUAUUGAAGAACGAAAUCGUGCUCUUCUUCGUUUUCAACAAAUUUCCGAAAAGAAAAAAGUUCGAAUAACCUAUUUUAGUGGUGAUGUUCAUUGUUGUGGCAUUAGUAGAUUUCAAAGUAGAGGAUCUCAUCGACCAUUACCAAUUAAUGAUGCUAAAUUAAUGUAUCAAAUUAUCUCAUCUGCUAUUGUUAAUUUACCUCCGUCGGAAAUGGGUAUUCGAAUUAUUCAUCUAUUCAAAACCAAAUGGAAUCCAAUCGAUAAUACUGAAGAAGAAUUGAUUGAUUUCUUUGAACGAAAUCCAGCAAAUGGAAGAAUAUUAUGUUGUAAAAAGAUUCGUCCAAAUCGAAACUGGUGUUAUUUCGAACAGUGCUCAAAUAUGAUGUCAUCGACUGUUCCUAUAGUUCAAACACGAUGUCUUCAUUGUUUUCCAUCCAAACAAAAUCUUGUUAAUCCAAUCUCCAAUCAUCAAGAAGAUAAAAAUGAUCGACAACCUUCGAUUCAUUCGCAUUCUAAUCGAGAUCUAUGUCCUGAAUUGAUUCAAACUGAUCAACAACAAAUCAAAACUAAUGAUUUGAGAAUUCGAUUAUGGUUGGAAAGCAUCGAUAAACGUCAAGAUGAGACACAUUUUGUUAGUUAUGAUUUACUUAUUCCUAAUCUCAAAUAA